AUGUCAGGCUGUUUCACUACAUCGACCAGAACAAAAAGCAGGCUCUGUGCAGGACCGACGCUGGUCGUUCAGCUGUUCGCCGCCGGCGCCGUGGUCACGAGGCAGGGGGGCCAGCACGGGGACUGCAUGUUCAUCGUGAAGUCCGGCAGCGUCGACGUGCUGAUAGACGGCAAGAGCAUGGUCACGCUGAGGGAGGGCAGCCUGUUCGGCGAGAGGGCCCUGCUGUUCGGCCACCCCCGCAGGACUGCCACGAUCGUUGCCAAGACGGACCUCGCGGUGGUGGUGGUUCGGCGCCGGUCGCUGCAGCAGGUCAUGGGCGAGGAUUUUCACGACGUGAUGUACCGCAACAUGAUCAGCUCUUUGGUGCGGACCCUUAUGUCGAAGGGGCGGCUUCCCUUCCCGAGCACGGUCGACCCAGAGAGCCUCGCCGAGGCCUUCGCGAUCCGGGAGUUCCCCGCCCAGGCGGAGGUCGUCCGACGACGACGGGGCGGAGCCCGGACUGCGCUUCGGGGUGGUGCUGAGCGGGGAGGUGCUGGUCCGCAGGACGGACGCCAGCGAGGAGCGGGUCCUGCAGCCGGAGGAGUGCUUCGGCGAGGAGAGCUGCUGUGGGACACCAACAAGCCCUUCAGGUACUACCUCAAGAACACGUCGACCUACUACUGCAACUUGGGGUUCCUAGGAUGCCAUCGAGUCGCUGAAGGCCGGCUUCAGCGACACGCACAAGAUGAACCAGAAGCAGAAGAUAUCCCUGCUCCGCAAGGUGUUCUUGUUCCGGCACAUCUCGGGCCACCACGGUCGUCUUCUGGCCGCCAACGUGCGGGUCAUCAGCAAGAAGAAGGGCGUGGACG